AUGGCUGGGAGCACAAAAGGCUUUUUGCACACCGAAGGCCAGACUGCGAUCGAAGGUGGGAAUGGGAAUUCGCUGCCAUCUUUGGGAAGCAAGUCGUUGGAUGGGUGUGCGGGCCAAUCAAUGUCUUCUCUACUAGUGGACCAUGGACUAUGCAAUGGGCAUGGGCAAGCAAACAAGUGUGAUGAACAAUGCAUACUCGAGUGUACAGAUACAUUUUUGGAACCGAGGGAUGGCUUAAAUCAAAUAUGGACGGGAAUGGUUUCUUCUUCAUCAGGGUCCCGUGAUGAUGACUCUCGUUUGUGUGCACCAGGCAAAUUCAUCCACGAUGAUGGAUGGAUGGAUGGAUGGAUGGAUGGAGGGAGGGAGGGAGAUAUUCCAAUAGCAGCCACCAAACCUAUAAUCGAACCACGCAUGCAUACGCUUGGGAAGAGAGAUGUUCCCCCAUUGGAUUGGAAACUCCUUAAUGUCACUAGACAUAACACGAGGAAGGAAGAUAAUAGAUGUGUCAAUCGGCCAGACCUCGGAAGAUACAAGUCCGGCCCAUUACCAGCCCUCAAAAUUCAGACUCCUAUUUCAACUGGGGCGCCAUGCCAUGGCUUCCCCAGGAAGGGGCCGGAUAGGUCGGAGAGCCCAAAGCGGACCUGCGAAACGGGCGUGAGGGGAAGCGAAGCGCGACAAGGAGAUGAGCGAGAGAGAGGAGGGAAGGUGACGUUGAGGUGGGGGCCUCAGCUUGAUCAAGCAACAUACAAGAAUCGCCAGCGUCUGUACCUCUCUGAGCAGUUCAAUGAAGAAGCUCAUUCUCCAUUUGUUAAGGAGUACAAAACAAUUAUACAUCCAGGGGAGGUUCUUAUCUGGGAUGUUGAGCUGCAACCUAAUCGUCAUCCUAUGUUAGGAGCUACUGAAUCUCGUCCAGAUUUGGGAAGGACAAUGUUGCAGAUGCGCAGAAGUGAACAGGAACUUUGUAGUGUAGGCGGUUGGCAGCAGUCCAGUUGUCAAGGGUCAUCACCUCAUGACCCCGACCCUAGACCGUGCUUGGGACACUUCAAUCGUAAUGUUGGCUCUCCCAAAGGGCAAGCCAAUGCCUCCAUGGCGACGAGGCUCUCAAAGCUACAACAGCAAUUGGAGGUAGAGAAACAUGCGACAUAUGAUGCUCAGGCCGAUCAAUGUUGUUACCAUGACAUGGCAUUGAAGUCCUAGUUUGAAGUCGAUGAUCUCCACCAUGUGGUGAAGGACCACUGUGGACAACUUGAAGAUGAAGAGGCUCAUCGUCUCGACUACAAGACCCAAGGGGGCAUAUUUCGAAGGACACAUGAAAUAUUAGUAAUGUCUUGGAGUAUUGAAAUGUAUUAGCUGAAACAUGGAGCCCAUUAAAAAUUAUCCAUUUAAUAAAAAUAUAAAAUCUAAAUUGCAACA